AUGCCCCAGGUUCAGCAGAGCCGCCACCUGCUCGUGGCCGUGGUGGGCAUCACGCAGUUCGUGACGAUUGCGCAGAUGCUGGCAGUGCUUCGGCGCUACAGCAUCGCUUGGGGCGAGCCUUUCGCCAGCCUCAUGGCUUUCUUGGAAAUCUUCAGCUUCGACUUGGAGAUGUUGUCCUUCGAUUGUGUGACGAGGAUGAAUCCCGUGGCAUCCUUUGCUAUCCGCGUGUUGACGAGCCCUGGAAUUCUGCUGACAGCCUUAGUGGUCUCCCUGAUUCAUGCGGCUCUGCUCGCUUGGAGAAACUGCUUUCGCUGGAACGGUUCCAGCCUCAGGCUUCAGGUCCAUGUCCUGCAUCUUUUCAAAACCUGGGGGGCGCUUUUCAUGGUCCUGUUCAUUGUACUCUUCUCCAUGAUCUUGGCUCCUUUUCAGUGUCGACUGCAUCCGAAUGGACGGUUCACGGUUCAAUCCUAUCGCUCGGUGCAUUGUGACGAAGACGAGCAGCACUUUCAGAUGUUCCUCCUGGGAAUCCUGGCCUGCAGCAUGCCUCUGCUGUACCUGGCGCUCUGCACCUGGAUCGUCAUGGUGGAGUUACCCAAGCGACUGGCGAGAUCAGAUACGGACUUCCUGCAAGCCUGCUCUUUUCUGAUUGUGCGGUUCCGCACGGGUGCUGAGAUCUCCUCUGUUGCCAUCCUAAUCAGAAACGUGCUGGUGGUUCUGACCCCUCUUCCUGUUGAAGAGUCAUCGAAACUCCUGAUGAUGAGUCUGGUCUUGUUGCCGAACCUUGUACUUGUGGCCUAUUUCCAACCGUGGCGGUACGCCGUCUGCAAUGCUCUGGACAUCAUUUUGCUCGCUGGCAUGCUUGUAAUCCUACAGAUCGGCGCGAUGAAUCUGGGCCAUGCCGACUCUAGUGCAUACGUGAGUGUCCUCAUGAUCCACAUGGUCGUGAUGCUUCUCGCCAUUCUCGGAACAGUCAUCUGGAGCAUGUCAAGCUAUCUUCAGCAGAAGUUCAGAAAAGACUUCAAGUUCUUCCUGUGUCAUCAAAAGAGUGCCGCGGGAUCCAUGGCACGGCUGCUGAAAAUGGAGCUGGAGAAGAAGCUGCCUAACACGAAAACAUUUGUGGACUGUGACGACCUGAACGACUUGACGCGGUUGUUCAGUUAUGUUGGCCAGGACACGGAAACUUUUGUCAUUCUGGGCUCGCCGGGCAUAUUCACACGCAAAUGGUGCAUCGGCGAAAUGGUCACUGCAUGGCAGGGCCGCAUACCAUCUCGGCUCCUGUCCUGGCCAGACCUUGCGAUUCCCGAUGAGACGUUCAUCGAGAGCUACUCAACGAGUGUUCCCGACAUAGCUGAGCUGGUGAAGUUCGGGAUCAGCCUCACAGAGGUGAAAAGCAUGUUAAGGGCGCUUGGAAAGGUGGAGAUGUUGAAGUUGCCGGGGCAAAUCACACCGCAGCACAUCAAGGAUGUCGUGGGCUCUUUGCUGGGGAGCCCUGGCAGGUCCCUGACUUCUCUUCCGACCAACUGUCAGGUAGAGAUGGACUCUGGGUGUCCGAUUCUGGUGGACCCCGACAACAUCGAGGCUAUGGCAUCGGCGAUGGUGCUCUCAAGCCUCUUGAAGCCCCUGUUGUUGGGCACUCACGUGCCGAGCCCUUUCAUCAUUCUCAAAGGCUCCUCCUUGUUGCCAUCCGCAAAGGUCGCUUUGAUGGUCUGCAGCCAGGGCUGUUUUAAGUCUCCACACAUCCAGCAGUGGCUUCUGCAAGCCUGUCACUCGGGUUCCUGCUCUAUGGUUCCUGUCAUCGUGGAGGAAAGCUUCCGAAUACCAACCUCGACCUAUGCGACAGAGCUCCGAGAAGUGUCCUUUCGCGAGGGAGAGUUGCAUCUGUACAGUAUUGCUCUCCAAGUCCUGUUUCAAGAGAUCGCUGUGGUUUUUGUUCCUCAAAGUUACUCUUCUACUUCCCGGGAUCUUGCUUUGCGAUGUAGCCAGGCAGCGCAGAGGCUGACUGUCCCGCUACAGAGUCUUCAGUCGAAAGUCUUCCGGCUCAUGGCAUCAGGUGGAGGCAUAAAUCCCUUGACAGGUCCAAGCGCCUUAGGCGAUGACCGUCCCGAUGAUUCGGAGGAAUAUGUUCUGCAAAGUUUUUAA